CUUGGGACAAAGUACUUUCGGUGGUUGUCUCACAACCUGUAGACCGCAAACCCGCCCCUUGGAUUACCUGCGCAGAUACUCUCCAGAGUUUUGUUUAAAUCCUGUCCCAACUUAAAAAAAAUAACAACCUAUGAACUUUUCGACUCAACUCACCGGGAAGGAAGACAGUUUCCCUGUUUCUCCCGUUUCACCUGUAUCACCGCCACACCUGCGACAAAGUGAAAGUAAAUGUAAACCUGCGGCUGAAUUUUUGCUUGCGAUACUUUUGAAAUGGAUGGUCGUCUUCUCCUGUGCUAUUUCAUCUGUAUGACCUCGUGCCUAGUUGCUGGACAGUCUCCAAAAUAUGCGCUCAAGGGAGGGAAGGUCUUGUUGCUGCCAGACAUCGCUGGACAUCCUGAUGGAAUUCUGUGGAAACAUAACGGCAACAAAGUGGCAGAGUUUAACGGCCAGGAGCAAGAAGUGUACCACCCAUAUGAAAACAGGAUCACUCUCGGCUGGGCCUCUGCAGAACUCGAUAUCACUGACCUCAGAUUUGAAGACAGCGGAGACUAUGAGCUGGAAGUCGACAUCAACAAAGGGUUGCAUCGUUCACUUUAUAAAUUGCAGGUCAUAGACAAGGUCGCCAACCCCACCAUAUCCUGUGAGAUGAACGAUGGAGGCAGCUCUAACAUAUCUGGAAAUCUGGUGUGCUCUGCAGAGCCCAGACGACCUCAGUCCUUAAUAAAGUUUGAGUGGACAACACGUGGAAUUAUUCAGCCUGGCCCAAACUUACAAAUAUCUCUGGGGGAUCAACAUGAUGAUGAAGAGUACAGUUGUAAUGUGAGCAACCCUCUGAGUAGUGAAACAGCUACAUUCACUGCAAAUGAUUGCUACCCAGACAAAAGUUCAUCAGUACCGCUGAUUGCCAUCGGAGUCAUUGUACCUGUGUUACUCCUCGUUGGCCUGGCCAUACUGUACCGCAAACUAUGCCAUAAAGGGCCAAAAGAGACUCAUGAUGAAGAGUCGAGGCCUCUUGUUCACCGAACAUCAACUCUUCCCUCUACUCAGCGACUUCCCCAGUUGGACCAAGAUUGUACGGGCACACAAGAUGAGCAACCAAAAGAAGGGCAUGUCUCAAGUAUUAGAAAGAAGUUUGAGCCAAACCAUCAUAGACGGACUUUGCAGAGAGGUUCAGAAAAUAACACAGACGAGCAUAAGGAAACGGCGUCUCCUCUGCGUAGUGAGUUCCAAGAUCUGAAUAAACACGCUAUUAACGACAAAGGUGAUGCGGAUGCAGACCAGUACAGUCAGCCUGCAGGAGAAGAAGUCCCACAGAGCAACCCCUCAGACACUGAGAAGGAAAAUGGACCAGACCAUGCUGAUGUGUUGGACGACUCCAGUGAGGACACGCAGUCUGGUCCGCAAGUCACCUUCUCUUCUGAAAAGCCAGGGUAUGUCUCAAGUAUUAGAAAGAAGUUUGAGCCAAACCAUCAUAGACGGACUUCGCAGAGAGGUGAUGCGGAUGCAGACCAGCAAAGAGAGCCUACAGAAGUCCCACAGAGCGACCCCUCAGACUCUGAGGAGAAAAAUGAUCCAGACCCUCCUAGUGUGAGGGACGACCUCAGUGAGGACACGGAGUCCAGUCCACAAGUCCCCAUCUCUUCUGAACAGCCAGGUUCAGAAAAUAACACAGACGAGCAUAAGGAAAUGGUGUCUCCUCUGCGUACUGAGUUCCCGAUCAGAAUAAACACGCUAUUAACGACAAAGGUGAUGCGGAUGCAGACCAGCAAAGUGAGCCUACAGAAGUCCCACAGAGCGACCCCUCAGACUCUGAGGAGAAAAAUGAUCCAGACCCUCCUAGU